UAAAUAGUGAUUAUAAAGUGCCAUGCAUGGUAUUGAUUUAGCAAUAUGGCCGAACCAAAGAAGGCAUUAUAUUCUACAUGUGUGGCCUGCUUAGGUUUUCUAUGUUUAGUGUUAAGUGCUACAGCUGUUGGACUACCAAUGUGGGGAUAUUUUGAUACAUUACAUGGCGGUGUUGGUGGUGAAAAAGGAUAUUUUGGACCAUGGAAAACUUGUAAACAAUUAUUGUCACGUGAACGAUGUGGUCCAUACGAUUCCAGAUUUCGGACGAGUGCCGUGGUAUAUAUGGCUGGAUGGGCAGCAUUAACGAGCACAAUACUAUUGGCCAUAUUUUGUUUAUUAAGUGUUAUACAAAUAGCUAUGAUUAAUUCAAAAGACAAAGUUGUUGUUAGCUAUUCAUUUGCUGUGAUGGCCAAAUUGGCAUUAAGUUUAUUAGCAACAUUAUUAUGUAUAGCUGCCGCUGUACUAUUUGCCUUACAAUCGGAUGAUCCAGGAUCAAAUGGAUUUCAAAUACGUCGUGGUGAAGGAUUUUAUAUACAAUUACUAUGUAUAAUAUUGGAUUUCUUCUUGUUUAUUUUGGCAUUAUAUGAUGUAAUAUUUACACGUCGACCUGGUGGUGAUCCUACACAUACUUUACCACCGCCUGGAGUGGAUGCUGUCACGUAUGGAAAUCCUGGAUAUCGAGAACGAGGCGGUACAAACAAUAAUGGCGCUGGUAUAUCAAUGACAGACGCAAGCGGCAAACCAUAUGCACAUCGUGCUACAGCAGCAGCAAAUGGUAGCCUAGCUUCUGUGGACACAACAAUGACAACAGCCUCCUCGAAUGGUUCAACAGUUGGCUCAUCAGUAACACGUUCACCACUCCGGUCGAGUUUAAAGAAACCCAGACCAAAAGAGGGUUUAGGUAUACAAAAUCCUGGAUUCUCCGGAACAUCACCAACAUUAUCCAGAAAUGGUAGCACAAAAAAAGUUCGAAUACAAACGCAUAGUACUGAAGUGUAAAAAUUUAUACAUAUAAAAGAUUUAAUAUAUUAUAUAAUUAUCGAUAAAACAAUCAGUGAUUUUAUUAAUGGGACAAAAACGAAAGAAAAUGGUUGUCAAGUACUUCGAUAAACUUGUUGUUAUAUAAUAAAUGUGGGUUGCUCGAUUGUGUAUGUUGUAUAAAAAGAUGUUUUUUAUCACAAAAUGGCAGAAUAU